GAUCUAGUUUACCAACAGAAUUCCUCCGAGCACUCGCUCCAAUAAUAAUCGUCUAAAGUUUUUAGCUCGGACUGUCCAUUGUCCAAUCGUCACCUGAAGCUAAACGUUUGUAAGCACAAAAAAUAGCAAUUGUCAAUAUCGCAAUGAGUUUCAACAAUGGAUUGUUAAUAACCAGACUCGGUAUUAAUAUAACAAUAAUAAUGAAUUUACUCCACUAAAGUAUUUUAAAAAGUGCUUUGAGUUUAGUUGCUUGAAAGCACUAAUUAUGUUCUGGCUGUUGUUGUUGGAAAAAAAAUGUAUUAUGAAAAGGAAACUCUUCAUGAUCAUCCAAUUUCAAAUAUGAAUAAAUCUGUGGAAAAUUUGUUGUUGUCAAGUCACGACGUGAUAAGUUCAAUAAAUUCAUCAUCGCUGGGCGCACUGAACCCCAGCAAAUCGGGUAAUGAAUUUUCGGCAGAUGAUCUUAAUGAUUCGACCUCAAGCAAAAAUGAUAAUGAACGCAGUAAUCGUCCACCUAGUCCAAAUUCAUCACCUCAAUCAAGUCCAAAAAUUUGUAAUAGAAAAGAUUACUGGAAAACAACCGGGUCAUCGGCAUCUAAUUUGUCGCUUAGGGAACAUGACAACUGGGCUAAAACUGAUGAUCAAUUAUUGGAACCAGCUAAUAGAUCAUCAGAUUCAACAGAACCUGGCCGUAGUACAACAGAAAUUCGUAAGGAAGCACGAACUGACCGCAGUAAAAAAAAGUCAUCUUGGUACAACGUUCUCUACCCAACGUACAAAUCGCGUUCUGAAGAUUUCAAAAGAAUUUUCAAAGAUGUUCCUGAUGACGAAAGAUUGGUCGUAGAUUAUUCGUGUGCCUUACAGCGGGAAAUUUUGGUCCAUGGACGGUUGUACGUGUCGCAAAAUUAUGUUUGUUUUUAUGCAAAUAUAUUUAUGUGGGAAACCCUGGUCUCACUUCGUUGGAAGGACGUCGAGUCAAUAACCAAAGAAAAAACAGCUCUCGUAAUACCAAAUGCUAUCUCAAUAUGCACUAGCAAGGAUAAAUUUUUUUUAACAACUUUUGGUGCUAGGGAUAAAACUUACCUCAUGUUAUUUCGCGUAUGGCAAAACGCACUCAUUGGCCAGCCAAUGAGUACCGCGGAAAUGUGGUCACUUGUCCACGCGUGCUAUGGUGAAGAAUUAGGAUUGACUUCGGAUGACGAAGAUUAUAUUCCACCUAUAGCUGCGCCAGAAGAGGAAAAAUUGCCGUCGCGUUUAUCAACAGAAUCUUUUUCAGAGGCUGAAGCAACACCUGCAGACAAUGGGCAUCCAACAGUUGAUCCCAUUCCUGAGGCUAUCGAUAAAAUUGACUCUAAGCCAGAUGUUAAUUUAGACCCGACCGAUAUGAGCGAUACGACUGAAAGUGAGGCUGAAAAACAUGCACUGAGACUAGGAAUAAGAGGCGGUACCGUCUGCACGUCACCACACGACGGGCGUCAAAUAACAAAUAUAGUUUUACCGAUUCAUAUUGAUCAAUUAUUUACGCUACUGUUUACAAGUUCAAAAUUUUUCCUGGAUUUUCACACCGCGCGUAAGACUACUGACUUGAUCCAGUCAGCUUGGACCCAGGAUCCAGAGACUGGACAGAAAAUGAGAACGGUCUCAUUGACAGUAUCACUGACUCAGCCAGUUGGUCCACGAACCUCUCAGGUAACAGAGACCCAGAUAAUGCUUCCGUGCAGUCGUCCAGGUCACCGGUACUCCAUCGACAUCGAGAGUUCCAAUGCAGGAAUCCCUUACGCAGACUCAUUUAGCGUGUUGAGUCACUUUUGCAUGACCGCGGUCUCGGAAAAUGAAACAAAUCUGUCAAUAUAUUCGCAAAUAAAAUUUAAAAAACACGUGUGGUCUGUAAUGAAGAGUCUCAUUGAGAAAAACGGUUGGGCGGGAAUGGAAGAGUACUUUGGAAGUCUCGCCAAGGCGCUGAGUGUUGAAUGCGAGGACACUUCUGGUGGAAAUGGGAUCAAGAGGAAAACCAGGAGACGAAGACGCGCAGUUGGUGCUAGUCCUUCAUUGCCAGUUCACGCUCCCGAUUUACCAGCAACUCUAUCAGCUUCUGUUGUGGAACCACCGCAUGUUAUCAGCGGCACCUCUAAAAUCCGUGACGAGCCGACGAAUUUGAUGAACUGGAUCCUGCUGAUCGCGGUCCUCUGUCUAAUGGUCAUCAACGGGCUGCUUUAUUACAAACUAUGGGGACUUGAAGACGCUGCUGCUUAUACUGUGAUGGAUCUACACGUUCUCAGGAGUACUCCCAAGUCUGAGGAGGACUGGAUCAAUUUGCUGCAGCAGCAAGAGAGCCUUCAUAAUGUUGAAAUGCGCAAGUGGCAACGAGUUUUGCAUACGGCUGCACAAUUACUUAGACAGACAGAGGAUUCGUUGAUCGAAUUACAAAAGAGCAUGCAUCCAACGUCAACAGAAAAAGUAUUUUCAGUACUAAAACCAAAUUUAAAGGGGUUUUACAAUGACCGAGAUGAUCAACGCCACCAUGAAGAUAUGUAA